GGGCCCGCGUGGAACGGGUUACAAUUUGGUUGGGUAGCCUCUGGAGGGGAAGGCGCUUAAUAAAAUCCCUUAGGGGACGGUGCCUCGGUGUGAUGGACGGCUCUGGGAAGGGGCGGGGAAGAUCUGUGAUUGGGCGCUACAGAGGAACUCCUCCCUGUGGACGUGAUUGGUUACCUGGAAAGAGGACUGCACCAACGGGGCGGGAUAUCAUUUGGAGGUGGGGCCAAAUCCUGACUAGGCCCCGCCUAGGCCUCCAGGCUGAGGGGCUCCUGCUAGUCUUCGGCUGGAGAAUUUGGGGCCGGACCUCUGGGCGGUAAGGGAGUGAGUGCGGUGCGCAAUGCCUCAGUGGAGCCCGUGGGCUCUGGCAGAACCGGCUGCGUCUCCCGCAGUCUCUGAGGAGCAGCGGAGCCUUCUCGCGAUCCUGGAUCUGAGGCGGGAGAUGCCUGCCCUGAGGGCGACCAAGAGCUUCCUGAGCCUCCUCUUCCAGGUGCCGAGAGUGCUGUUGUUGCUGGUCCGGGACGCGCUGCUCGGUGUGUGCAGGGAGGUCUGCUCAGUCCACUUCCUGUCCGCUGCGUCGCUGCUGAGCGUCUUUCUAGCCGGUGAGGCACGGAUACCCCAGGGUCCAGCUCUGGACACACAUUUCCCCUUGUCCGUCAGCCCACUCGGCCUUCAGAGCCCCCAGCCUCCCCCUGCGCCCCACCACUCUGCUCUUACUGACCCUCAUGCCAGGAAACCCCUUCCCCUUUCUCCAGCACUCUCUUGGAGUCUCCUGCACCUGCUCCCUCCUUUGGAGAAUGAACCUAAGGCGAUGCUGUCUCCCAGGUCUCCCUUGGGCCCACAAAGUCCAUGCCAGAGUUCCCAGAGCCUGGCCCACCUGUGGAAACAGCCCGUAAGCUCCGCCCCUCCCACCUACCCCCCUCAGAGAGUUGCCAAGCUAGUGUUCCAGCGACUGAAUGAGGACUUCGUGCAGAAACCAGACUAUGCCCUGAGCUCCGUGGGAGCCACCAUUGACCUAGAGAAGACAUCCCAUGACUAUGAGGACACAAACAUGGCCUAUUUCUGGAAUCGCUUCAGCUUCUGGAAUUACGCACGGCCACCUACGGUCAUCCUGGAGCCAGAUGUAUUCCCUGGGAAUUGCUGGGCUUUUCAGGGCCACCAAGGCCAAGUUGUGAUCCGGUUGGCAGGCCGUGUGCAGCUGAGUGACAUCACCCUGCAGCAUCCCCCACCCAGCGUGGCACACACGGAAGAUGCCAGCAGUGCCCCCCGAGACUUUGCAGUCUUUGGUCUCCAGGUUGAUGAUAAGACUGAAGUUUUCUUGGGGAGGUUCACCUUUGACGUGAAGAAAUUUGCGAUUCAGACUUUCCACCUACAGAAUGACUCUCCAUCUGCCUUUCCCAAGGUGAAGAUCCAGAUUCUAAGCAACUGGGGCCACCCACGUUUCACGUGCUUGUAUCGAGUCCGUGCCCAUGGUUUAAGAAUCUCAGAGGGAGAGGGUAGUGCCACAGGGGCCACUAGGGGGCCCCAUUAAACACGCUGAUGAUUGGA